AUGCUCACGAGCUGGAACUUUGUGUUCGUCACCGACUUUGCGAGUUACAAGCCCGUCUACCUGUCCGAGUCGAACCCGACUGAGUACACAUUCCUGUUCGACACGUCCCACCGAAGAGUGUGUUACACUGCCACCGAACGGUUCUACAAGUCACAGGACAUUCAAUUCAUCGACCUGAGUGACGAGGGGGAGUGGUGCAUGGACGUGUUCUCCCUUGGAUGUGUUGUCCUCGAACUGUGCUUGGACGGGAAGCCGCUCUAUGUUCUGUCGGGCAACACUGCCAUUGGCAAACCUGACAAUCAGGCCGCACAGGCCACCAUCAACGAGAUUGGGGAUCCUCAUGUCCGGGAAAUGGUCAGUUCGAUGAUUGCGGAGAACCCAACUCACCGACACACGCCGGAAUAUUACAUAAACAAAUACUUCCCCGAGCCACACUACGCCUAUCUCAUGCAACUCAUGGAACAAAUAAAUUCCACUGUCAACGCCACGGCCGAUUAUAUAAUCACGGACAUGCACAGACGAUGGGCGGACAUCACGAGCCAUCUGGGAGGGGGGGCUGCCGAGUGGAGUGGAAACUCGUAUGUGAUACUAUUGUCCUUGUAUACGGCCUUCCUCCCACACCUCGCGUCCACUGAGGCCAAAUACACCGCCUUUGAUCUCUUCAAAUUGUUUGAGCCUCGUUUGAACGCCUCCGUGUUUUUUGAACGGACAAUUCCGCACAUUUUUAUGUUUUUUGAGGACGCGGACUCGAAUGUCUCGUCGGAAGCCAUCAACCUCGUGACGGACUAUUUGAUUGCCCUGCCGAGCUGCCUGUCGCAGGACAUAUUGCUGGAUUAUAUCAUCCCCACUUACCACAAUUUGUGCCACACCGACAAGCCUUUGAUCCGCCUGGCUUUGGCAGCAAGAAUUGGUGAUUUAUUCGAAAUGAUUUCGCGGCAAUUAAGCAAAACUGAUUUCGCGACAGUUGAUUCACAGUUUGAAAUGUCCUCUGAGUAUUUUGGAGACAUGGUGAUAGCUCUGCUAACCACUCGUGACUCGUCCAUCUACAAGAAAAUAUCAGAAACCGACAGUCACCAAAUAACCGAAAGUUAUGACGUUAUCGUGGAGCUCCUCAGAAGUUCGAUGGCCAAGAUUUUUGAUUUCUUUGGAGAGGAGCGUUUUUGUGUGACAAUAAUGCCGCAUAUUAUCAAUCUGGCACACACAAAGGACUGCUGGGAGGUGAGGGCUGAGUUUUUCCGAGUCCUCCCAGGAAUAUUCAAUCAGCUGUAUGACACAUCUUGCAUGUUAUUGCCACUUUUCGAGGCAGGGUUGUCCGAUUGUGAGGAAUUUGUUAUCCACGAAACAAUUGAUUGCAUUGAAGCGAUAUUGGAUAAAGAUAUGCUCGACACUGGCCUGCUACUGUCAUUGCUCAAGAGAAUCAUCCCCUUCUUGAUACACCCCAACACAAUGAUCCGCACAUCAGCCAUCCACUUUGUCCACACACUCUCCAGACGUGUUGGGUUUGCCUUCAGUCAGUGUGUCAUCCUUCCUCAUCUCGACGGAAUUGUCGCCCAACGGUUUUAUCUGAUUGAGGAUGCAGUCACAUUUGCACGUGCAAUUGCCCCUCCCAUUGCACGGGAUUUGAUUGAUUGUGUUACCAAGUCUUCGAACGACCCGGGAGUGUUGUUUUCUGUUUUGGAAACCAGAGUUGGUGGAGCAAAUGAAGAUUGGAAUUCGAUUGAUGCAUUUCACGAUUUGUCCUCUACUCUCAAGAGAACAUUUCAACAAAUGACAUUUUCCGACGUUUCAUUAAUUUUGAAACUAAAAACAUAUUUCCUGGACGUCCUCCACCGAAGCCCCAUUUCUGAUUCUGAAACGGAUUUGUACAAGACGAUUAGUCUGGCAGACCAAUUGGUGCAAUUGUCGAGCAAUCGGGUGGAGACGAGUGGUAGUCAAGGAAAGUACUUCCCAAAUGAUUAUUCGGCACAUCUCCACCAAUUCCUCUGCAAUAAACGGGAAGAAAACAUGUUUAAUGAGUUGAGGAGGAGUUGUACAUCCACCUGCUUUCGGGCAUCGGAAGGUACCUUUCAGGGGACUCAAUUGACCACUCUUCUCUACCACGAUGCUCCAGUUCACUGUCUGAGUGCAGAUUACAACGGGAACUACUUUGUGUCUGCAUCCUCGGACUCGAAAUAUUGCAUUUGGUCAAUUGCUGAUAUUCUGGGAGGAUCUUACACGCCCAUUGCUGAUGUUUGUGCCCACCCUCGUGUGAAGGAGCCUCUCUUUGUGGAGCACUUCCAACACGACCGGAACUUUGUUGUCCUCAGUCAGUCAGGGAUGCUUCACAUUUAUGACGUGGAGAAAAGUACAAAGACCAACGUCACAACCAGCGUAGUCCCCGAUUCGGGCAAGGCUGUCGGGAUUUCGGUGUGUGGGGAUUCUUGUGCCAAUGGUUAUGUAAUAGCACUGACUAGUCACGGGGCUCUCUCAAUGAUUGAUCUCCGAGUCCCCAAACCGAUUUCGCUCGACUUUAUUCCUCUGAAGUACGGCAGAUGCAGCUGCUUUGACGUGGACUAUUCCAAGUCGUGGCUGGUGGUUGGAACAGGUCACGGAAACUGUGUGUGUUGGGAUAUUCGAUUCAGAUCUCCAUUUUCCAUUUUAACACCUGCAGACCAUGUGCGUCGAGCAGUUCGUUCAGUUAUAGUAAACCCUCUGGAUAAACAUGGAGUGAUAGCUUCCUAUAAUAGUGACAACUCAAUAAUGUUGUGGAAUGUCCCAUACUCGCAUGUAUCGACGGGAAUAACUACGAUUGGGGACAUUGACAAUGUCAGGUGUUCGUGGAAAAAGAAUUUCAUAUCUCGCAUGGUAAACUACGAGCACAGACAGCAGUCCAUGCUGCUCACUGUUGGCUCAGACAUGAGAAUCCGCAAUUGGAAUCUAUCCAAUAUUUCUCAGAGCAAAGUUCUAUCAAUGGGCUGGGUUGACUCGUCAUAUUCCAACAUUUCAUAUUCCGAAAAGAACUAUCCAGAAUUUUCAGAAAUAUAUGAGAAAAAUAUAGUCGACGAAACUACUGCACGAUCAAGAAACCGAGAUAGAGACCUAUCGGGACACCGUAGUAUUAUCACGGACAUUAAACUACUCAUAAGUAACACAACUAGUUUCCUUCUAACAUCCUCCUACGAUAAGACCGUAAAAAUAUGGAACUAA